AUGGGGGUCACACUUUUGAACCCCGAAAAUGAAUUCGAUCGAAGGGCCAUGGUCAUGGCACUAGUCGGAGCUGCAGGGGGAUACCAACAGCAGCUCUUAUUGCAGUACCUCAACUCCCCUCUCAAGCAUAUUCCAGGGCCUUGGCACACACGAUGCUCAAGACUGAGCUUGAAGCUUAGCCGGUUGACUGGAACCCGCAUGACAUACGUACACCAGCUCCACGAAAGGUACGGAAGCAUUGUCAGAAUCGCACCAAAUGAAUUAUCAUGCAUCGAUAUCCAAUCAGUUUCCCAAGUCUACAAGGUUGGCGGCGGUUUCGAAAAGGCGCAAUGGAUUGGCGACUACGCAACGAAGCUUCCAGCCCUAUCUCUGUCCAUGAUUUUGAACAGCGCAGAGGCGAAGCAGCGGCGAAGACUUUUGCAUGGCUCCUUCGCCAUUACAUCCCUACGAAAAAAUUGGGAAUCGACUAUUAGGAGUAAAGUUGAGCUUGCAGUCAUGAAGAUCAAGACAGAGGCUUUGGCGGGCUCAUCAAACUCGCACAAGUGGUGGACGUAUAUGGCCGCUGAUGUCAUCAGCCAGCUCUCGUUUGGGCAAUCAUUGGGGGUGCUGGAAUCCGGAAAGAGUACCAUGUACAUGCGAGCCAUUGAGAAUGCUCUGAUAGCGGAUGUCAUCCAAUGUGAGAUCCCAUUCCUCGCCUCUCUAUCCCAACUCAUACCUCGGUCACUGCUUCAAACAUUCUCUCGGCAGCUUGAGCAAGUCAGACUUGGUGGUGCAGAUGGCGUAGCGAGUGUCAAACAGCAAGGUCCAUCAUCAGCCCAAAGUAUCUUUACGGAGAUGAUUGCAGAAUGUGAUAGUGAAGGUCGGACUUGGUUGACAAAGGAGGCCGUCGGUAUGGAAGGUGCAGGUAUGAUGGUUGCAGGAACAGACACAACCGCUGCCGUUUUGACCUAUCUCAUCUGGUCGGUGUUGAAACAGCCAGUCCUGCAGGAAAAGCUUGAGAAUGAGAUUGCACUACUCGGCGAUACCUUUGACGAUAAACGACUUGAGGCGUGCCCCAUACUAGGUGCCGUCAUAGAAGAGACCUUGCGCUUAUAUCCCGCCGUCCUCUCAUCUCUACCAAGGCUUAUACCAGGAGGGGGGACGACGCUGUCAUCGCACUUUGUGCCUGCAGGCACUGUUGUUUACAGCCCAGCCUACAGUCUGCAGCGCGACCCUAAGGUGUUCCCGGAUCCUCAUCGAUUCGAUCCGGCGACCCUCUCAAAUACCCUUAGAAGAUUUGAUCUACUGCAUCAUCAUCAAUUCAUUAUUUCAAUCCGACGAUACGAAAACAUGGCUUCCCCAGAUGACAACCUAGGAUUUAAAUAUGCGGUCAUCACCGGUGGCGGUGGUGGCAUCGGCAAGGUGAUGGCUCAACACUUCAUUUCCAAAGGCAAAAAGGUCAUCAUCGCUGGACGCACAGAAUCGAAACUACAAGAAACAGCAAAAGAGAUCGGGGCUGUCGACUAUUACGUGCUGGACACGGGCAAGGCUGAACAGAUCCCCGAUUUUGUCAGACGUGUUACCAAGGAACACCCUGACCUAGACUGCCUCGUCAACAAUGCCGGGGUGCAACGUCCUCUGGAGAUUCUCAAGGACGACGAUUUCCUCUCGAAGGCUGACCAAGAAAUCGACAUCAACAUUCGAGGCCCGAUGCAUCUGGCUCUAGGCCUGUUACCACACUUUCAGACCAAGGAAUCCGCACUCAUCAUCAACGUGUCGAGUGUACUUGGCUUCGUUCCAUUCUCCAUCAUCAACCCCGUCUACAACGGCACCAAAGCUUGGCUGCACUUUUGGAGCAUGAAUCUUCGCACACAGCUCAAGAACGGCGGUUCCAAAGUCAGAGUUGUGGAAAUUGCGCCACCGACGGUAGCAACUGACCUGCACCGAGAGCGAUCGGAUCCAGACGACAACAAGAAGGAGAAUAACCCGGAUGCUCUCACCGUGGAUGAAUUUAUGGAGGAAGUUGGUAGUAAAUUGGAGGACGGUGUCGAGACCAUCGGGCCGGGGAUGGCUGGAGAGGUCAUUGGCAGAUGGUAUGGUGCGUUUGGUGAGCAAUACGCAAAGGCGGCUGGGAGCAAAUAG